UAUUAAUUAAAAUUUUUAAGAUAUAAUUAUGAACGUCGGUACUCAUGUUAGUGAUGAUUGUGUAACAGAAUUCAAUAAACUCAAAUUGGGAAAAUAAUAUAGAUAUUUGACCUUUAGAUUAAACAAUGAUACUAAUGAAGUCAUAUUUAUAAUUUAUUUAUUAGAUUGUUGUUGAUCACGUAGGAGAAAGAGAUAGUACUUAUGCUGAAUUUGUUAGUCAUCUUUAAAAUGAAGUAUAAUUAUAUCUCAUUAUUAUAGUCAAGAUAUGCUGUUUAUGAUUACCAUGCAUAAACUGAUGAUGUUCCACCAAGAUAAGUUGAGAAAUUAGUCUUCAUAUUCUGGUCUCCAGAUGCUAAUUAACCUGUUAAAUAAAAGAUGUCAUAUGCUGCAGGAAAGGAAGCUUUGAAGAAGAAAUUAAAUGGUUUAUCUAAAGAAAUUUAAGCUAAUGAUCCAUCUGAAGUAGAAGAAGCUGAAAUGCGUAAAUUAGUAUUGAAUUGAGAAUCAAUAAACAUCAAAUAAAUUUAAUAUUGUAUUCAAC